CCAUGAACUCGCCUGUGAGUCGUCUCUCUCACACUGCUUUGAACAGGCAGCGAGAGCAGCAGCGAAUCCAGCGGGAAAACCAGGCUCUCCUCAAAAGACUUGAGACGGUAAAACCCACAGCUGACCUGAAGCGCUUGAACCAGCUGGCAGACUAUCAGCGGCUCGCCGGUUACCUCAAGCCUGCAAAAGCUCAUCCAUCCUUUCCCACCUACAGACCUGUAUCAAGUGAAAGAUCUAGCAACAGGUCAACCUCAGCAUCUUCAGCUCCCAGGUCUGUCAGCUCCAGAGCCACUUUCAGUGAGACUGAUGUACCAGAAGAUUACCCGGGUCGAAAACACACAACGCAACCCAAGAAGCCUGCUGCAAAAACAACGCCCACCCAAAGCUAGUUCGAAAAUGUGUGAUUCUAUUUUAGAUUAUUUAUUUAUACUGCAGGUGGUUGUCUCAAAUUGAAUCUAGUGCCUUUGACUUCAGGGGCCAGUUUCAAGAAGCAGGUUUUGUUGAAACUGAGUGUAUGAAAUCUGAAUUGAGGAAAGCUCUGAGUUUCUGGUUUUGCAAACUGAGUUAACUUAAACCUGUAAAAACCCAAACCCAUUUUACAAAUGUUACUAAGCUGAACUCAGAGUUCAUCACUGUGGCAACGGGUCUGUAUGUAAUCUGGUCUGGAGCAAUUUCCUUUCUGGAAACUCAGAGUUCCCAGAGUUAUUUCUGGUGCUCUUCGAAAUUCCCGUUCAGAAUUCAGUAAAUUUGGAGAAAAAAAAUCAUAUUCUUUUUGGUGUCCUUUAAACAAAAAAAAAAAAAAAAGAUUUUUUUUUUGUUUAAAGGACACCAAAAAGAAUAUGAUUUUUUUUUUUUUGACAAUUUUAGGAAAGUUAAAUAUUUAUAAAAGCAGAUAUUCAAAAACCAUACCCCUCUUCAUUACAUUUUGCAAAGAGAUUUGUUUAUAUUUUGAUUCUGUAAAAUUCCUGAAAAAUAAAAAGAAACAUUCUCACUUUUGUUGUUGAUAAUAGAUUAUACGAAAACCCUUGGUAUUUAUAUGUGUGUGUGUAUAUAUAUAUAUA